GCGGCGCCCGGGCUCCGUGAGGCGCGGCCCGGCCGAGGCGGGGGGGCGGGCGCGCGGAAGCGCCGCUUCUCUUCUCACCGCCGCCGCCAUGAGCGUGGAGGCGUACGGCCCCAGCUCGCAGACCCUCACCUUCCUGGACACGGAGGAGGCCGAGCUGCUCGGCGCCGACACGCAGGGCUCCGAGUUCGAGUUCACCGACUUCACUCUCCCCAGCCAGACCCAAACCCCGCCCGGAGCGGGGCAGGCGGGGCCCGGCCAGGCCCAGGGCGCUCCGGGAGCGGGGCAGGGCCCUGCAGGCCCCAUCGAGGCCCAGGUUAAUGGACCUGAUGGCAUUCUGCAGAACGGAGCAGUGGACGAUAACGUCGCUAAAACCAGCCAGCUUCUGGCAGAGUUGAACUUUGAAGAAGAUGAAGAAGAUACUUACUACACAAAGGAUCUUCCUGUGCAUGCUUGCAGUUACUGUGGUAUCCAUGACCCUGCCUGUGUGGUUUACUGCAACACCAGCAAAAAGUGGUUCUGUAAUGGGCGUGGAAAUACAUCUGGCAGCCACAUUGUUAAUCACCUGGUGAGAGCAAAGUGCAAAGAGGUGACUCUCCAUAAAGAUGGACCUCUAGGAGAGACUGUCCUGGAAUGUUACAACUGCGGAUGUCGUAAUGUGUUUCUCCUUGGCUUUAUUCCAGCUAAGGCAGACUCUGUGGUUGUUUUGCUCUGCAGGCAGCCAUGUGCAAGUCAGAGCAGUUUAAAGGAUAUUAAUUGGGACAGUUCACAGUGGCAGCCUCUUAUCCAAGAUCGCUGUUUCCUUUCGUGGCUGGUAAAGAUUCCAUCUGAGCAGGAACAGCUGAGAGCACGUCAGAUUACAGCUCAGCAGAUUAACAAACUGGAAGAACUUUGGAAGGAAAAUCCAUCUGCAACUCUUGAGGACUUAGAAAAGCCUGGUGUUGACGAAGAGCCACAGCAUGUCCUGCUUAGAUAUGAAGAUGCUUAUCAAUACCAAAAUAUAUUUGGUCCUCUAGUCAAGCUUGAGGCAGACUAUGACAAGAAGCUUAAGGAGUCUCAGACCCAAGAUAACAUCACAGUCAGAUGGGACCUGGGCUUGAAUAAGAAAAGAAUUGCUUAUUUCACUCUUCCAAAGACUGAUUCAGAUAUGCGUCUUAUGCAAGGAGAUGAGAUCUGCUUGAGGUAUAAAGGAGACCUGGCCCCUUUGUGGAAAGGAAUUGGCCAUGUUAUCAAAGUUCCUGAUAGUUCUACAGAUUAUGGUGAUGAGAUUGCCAUCGAGCUGAGGAGCAGCGUUGGAGCCCCUGUGGAGGUUACUCAUAACUUCCAAGUGGAUUUUGUGUGGAAGUCUACUUCGUUUGACAGAAUGCAGAGUGCUUUAAAAACAUUUGCUGUGGAUGAGACUUCGGUGUCAGGAUACAUCUAUCACAAACUGUUAGGCCAUGAGGUGGAAGAUGUAAUUAUUAAAUGCCAGUUGCCAAAGCGUUUUACAGCACAAGGACUUCCUGAUCUCAACCAUUCUCAGGUUUAUGCUGUGAAGACCGUCCUGCAGCGUCCUCUGAGCCUUAUCCAGGGUCCCCCUGGUACUGGAAAAACAGUGACAUCAGCUACCAUUGUCUAUCAUCUGGCUAGACAGGGCAAUGGGCCUGUGUUAGUUUGUGCUCCAAGUAACAUUGCUGUAGAUCAGUUGACAGAGAAGAUCCAUCAGACUGGUCUGAAAGUGGUUCGGCUGUGUGCUAAAAGCCGUGAGGCAAUUGACUCACCUGUAUCCUUCUUGGCACUGCAUAACCAGAUCAGAAACAUGGAUAGCAUGCCAGAGCUUCAGAAGCUGCAACAGCUUAAAGAUGAAACUGGAGAACUGUCAUCUGCUGAUGAGAAACGCUACCGUGCACUGAAACGAACAGCAGAGCGUGAAUUGCUCAUGAAUGCAGAUGUGAUCUGUUGCACGUGUGUGGGAGCUGGUGAUCCAAGGCUUGCAAAAAUGCAGUUCCGCUCCAUUUUGAUUGAUGAAAGCACCCAGGCCACUGAGCCAGAGUGCAUGGUGCCAGUUGUGCUGGGAGCAAAGCAGCUUAUUCUUGUAGGUGACCACUGCCAGCUUGGUCCUGUUGUGAUGUGUAAGAAAGCUGCCAAGGCAGGCCUGUCUCAGUCCCUGUUUGAGAGGCUGGUGGUGCUGGGGAUUCGCCCCAUCCGCCUGCAGGUGCAGUACCGCAUGCACCCUGCCCUGAGUGCUUUCCCAUCCAACAUCUUCUAUGAGGGUUCGCUCCAGAAUGGUGUCACUGCAGCUGACCGUGUGAAGAAAGGGUUUGACUUCCAGUGGCCACAGCCAGAUAAGCCAAUGUUUUUCUAUGUUACACAAGGACAGGAAGAAAUCGCCAGCUCAGGCACCUCUUAUUUGAACAGAACGGAAGCUGCCAAUGUGGAGAAGAUAACUACAAAGCUUUUGAAAGCUGGUGCCAAACCUGAUCAGAUUGGCAUUAUUACUCCUUAUGAAGGCCAACGAUCCUAUCUGGUGCAGUACAUGCAGUUCAGUGGUUCCUUGCAUACAAAACUUUACCAGGAAGUAGAAAUUGCAAGCGUGGAUGCCUUCCAAGGACGAGAGAAGGACUUUAUUAUCCUGUCUUGUGUGAGGGCCAACGAACACCAAGGGAUAGGAUUUCUGAAUGACCCCAGACGUCUUAAUGUGGCUCUUACAAGAGCAAGGUAUGGAGUAAUUAUUGUUGGGAACCCAAAAGCUCUGUCUAAACAACCACUUUGGAAUCACCUGCUGAAUUACUACAAGGAGCAGAAGGUUUUGGUGGAGGGACCACUGAAUAACCUCCGGGAGAGCCUCAUGCAAUUCAGCAAGCCCCGAAAACUUGUCAAUACCAUCAACCCAGGCGCCCGCUUCAUGACCACUGCCAUGUAUGAUGCACGUGAAGCUAUUAUUCCAGGAUCCGUCUAUGACCGGAGCAGUCAAGGGCGCCCAUCCAACAUGUACUUCCAAACCCACGACCAGAUCGGGAUGAUCAGUGCAGGCCCCAGCCACGUCACUGCUAUGAACAUUCCCAUCCCCUUCAACCUCGUGAUGCCCCCAAUGCCACCACCAGGGUACUUCGGGCAGGCCAACGGCCCAGCUGCAGGACGUGGGGCACCCAAAGGGAAGACUGGUCGUGGUGGGCGCCAGAAAAAUCGUUUUGGGAUUCCUGGAACGAGUCAGUCAAACCUUCCCAAUAGCCAGGCGAGCCAAGACGUGGUGUCCCAGCCUUUCUCCCAGGGUCCACUGACUCAGGGGUAUAUCUCCAUGAGUCAGCCAUCUCAGAUGAGUCAGCCUGGGCUCUCCCAACCAGAAUUAUCACAGGACAGUUACCUUGGUGAUGAGUUUAAGUCUCAGAUUGACGUGGCGCUGUCACAGGACUCCACCUACCAGGGGGAACGCGCGUAUCAACAUGGCGGAGUGACGGGACUGUCACAGUAUUAGAGUGUUGAGGAAGAAGAGCUAAGCUUGUGUGGAGCUUAGUUCAUCAGCAUUUUAUUCUGGGUAAUAAAAAAAAUAAAAUAAAAUGGA